ACACACCACCGCACACACAACGAAACGUGACCUCUGCGUAAGCCAUCGCCACAGUCAGCAGGGGGCAGUGUGUGGGGACGGCGCCACGCUCAGAGCACCUCAGUGGUAAUUUGGCAGCCGGUGGACUCGAACCUGAAACCGUCCACUUCCUUGACUACCAAGCCAGUUACCGACAAAAGAGAUUAUGUUCUUGAAGUUUACAAACCUCUGAGAACGAGGUUUGAAAAUCUAUCCCAUAAUAAGCAGAAUUAAAAUGAAGCCAGAAACACGACAGCUAACAGUGAGGUGGAGACCCCGCGAGGUACGAUGCAGCUGCGGUAUGUCGUCAAGAUUUACAUCUGAAACAUGUGAGAAACGCUCCGAGGCCAAAACAGCCGACUGUAUACGAGUGACAGAACAGGACGGACGAGUUCUGGGAACCGUUGAAUCUGACCCGGUCGGCGUUCUUAGAACAUCCGAUCUCACGUUUGUCAAAGGCCACUCAGACUAUCAGAGUUUUUAACAUUUUUGGAAAUUUUUCUUUUCUUUUUUUUUUUUUACUAUAGGUCACAACACACCUCUAGGAAAAAGACCAGAUGCGACGGCGGUUGAUCAACAUACGGCGCCCUACACUUAAAGGACCAGUACGAAUGCCUCACAUACUACUCAGAUGUACUAAUACGUAAAGGAUUAUUUAUCAUCUUGAAGUUGCUCUGCUGAGCUGGUUCUUGUAGUGUUGUGUCAUACAGGAGUCUCUGUUCAGACAGCUCCACCCUCUGGGAGGAGACCACACCUGCACGGCCAAUGGGACGGCCCCCUGACUUCGCAGCAUUAGCAGCCUCCAGCGUGUUGGCAACACAAAACUAUCUUUCCAUGAAAAACUGAACCUCUCCCCGACUGUCAGUGCCGUCAGCUGCAGGUCGUCAACUCGGCUCCGGAAAUGUUGGGCAUCAAAGGAUACAAGUGCACGGCCCUGAUCCGAGGUCUGGUUCUGUGGAUCCUCCUGACCAACAUCAUGCUGGUUCUCUACUGCUUCACCAGUCCAACGUCGGCCCCCAUCAGCCCCAGGGCCGCUCCUGAAGACACGUGUCCCCUCAGACUGGCCAGAACUCUGGAGAAGAAUCAGACCAGACCUCCUCACCUCCCCGAACCCGGGUCAGGAGACUGCUCCCCUUCGUUCAACGUCGUGUUCAUGAAGACCCACAAAACUGCCAGCAGCACCAUACUCAACAUCCUGUUCAGAUUCGGGGAAAAACAUCAUCUGAAAUUCGCCUUCCCCGACGGACGCAACGACUUCUUCUACCCGUCGCCGUUCCACUGCUCCCAGGUGAAGGACUACCAGCCCGGAGACUGUUUCAACGUGGUUUGUAACCACAUGCGCUUCAACCACCAGGAGGUCUCCAAGCUCCUGCCUCCCACCGCCAUGUACAUCACCAUCCUGCGUGACCCGGCGGCUCUCUUCGAGUCGUCCUUCCAUUACUUCCGCAAUGUGGUUCCUAGCACCUGGAGCAUCAGAGGAGAGAACAAACUCCAGGAGUUUCUCGACCAUCCUCGGAGCUACUACAGUCCAGAUGGGUACAACUCCUUCUACAUGAAGAACCUGCUCUCGUUUGACUUUGGCUUCGACAACAACAUGGAGGCCGACGAUCCGCGGAUCACGGAGAACAUCCGUGAAUUAGACAGAUAUUUUGACCUGGUCCUCAUAGCGGAACACUUCGAAGAGUCUCUUAUUCUGCUGAAGGACAAACUCUGCUGGAGCAUGGAGGACAUUUUAUACUUUAAACUCAAUGCUCGGAAGAGUUCGUCCGUGUCUGAACUGUCGCCCGAGCUGAGGGCCAAGGCUUUGGAGUGGAACGGCGCCGACUGGAGACUCUACCAGUUCUUUAACGCCACCCUGUGGGCCAAGGUGGAGCGGUACGGGAGAGAGAGGAUGAAACGUGAGGUGGAGGAGCUGAGGAGGAGAAAUGCAGAAAUGGAAGAGAUCUGCAUCGACGGAGGAGGUGCAGUGGAAGCCCCGCACAUUCGGGACAGACAUUUCAAGCCCUGGCAGCCCGUCGGGGAACUAUCCAUCCUGGGGUACAACUUAAAGGAAAACGUGGAUCCCGAAUUCAGGACCGUGUGUGAGAAAAUGCUCACACCUGAAAUCCAGUACUUGUCGGACCUGGGUGUGAGUCUGUGGGUGAGCCGACUGUGGGGCUGGUUGAAAGAUACGAUCAUCACCAAGGCCGUCCCUGUGAUCAAAGUGUUUCUGUAAGUGAUCGUGACUUUAAUCCUCUGACCUGUGAGCUUUUUUUUGUGCAGAUACAAAUGUGACGAAAUAUGGAGUUGAAAAGAAGACGUUUCUUCGUGGAAAAACGGAAAAAAGAAAAUCGUAAAAAUGUAUAUAAAAUGAGACGAUUAUUUUAUUUUGAUAGUUUUUUUUUGCAGUGUCUGUGAUGAUGUACAGAGUAUAACUUGACAUUUAUUUUUAUAAUUGAUCUAAUAUUUGUUAUUGUUUUUAAGCAUUUAAAUUCAUUUUUUUAAAACAGAAUUAGUUUUUGCAUUUGACUUGAAUUCACACGCACGCGCGCGCGCCGAUCAUGAUCACAAAGCUAAUGUUUGCAGUGAUAAGUAUGAAGACUGUUAAUCCGUCCGUAUUUGUAUAUACAGCAGUAAAUGUGAUAAUACCUCCUUGGACGGACGUGUAACGAUUUAAUCUGAGUAAGACUGCCACCUGGAGGCGGAUGACUGUAAUUGCACGUGUUGCUAUCAGUAUAUAAAAACGCUUUGUAGCUCUGUGUUCGCCUGGCUGACUUUCAUUCCAGUUCGGGUGAUUUUUUUUUAACCAUUAAGAAGUGUUUGUCUUCGAACUUUUUGACUUUUCUCUGUAUCACUAACAUUAUAUACAUGACUUUUUUUUUUACAGCGUAUUUGAACUGAUUCAGUCGAAGGCAGUACAGACACUGACUAAAUACAUGUACUGUGUUGUUUGGCAGGAGCAGGACUGAAUUGAUAUGUGAAUUAUUUUACACUGUAGCAGAUGUUAGCUGAAUCCUACUGUACAUGUGUGUUAAAGUAUCACACAACAUCGUUGACACGGUGUCAUGGCACCAUGAUUGUUGAUGAGGAAAGACAUUUUUCAUAAGUGACAUAAACCCUAACCCGGGGCCUCUGUUGUUUACUUUACAACGCCUUCUCUUUUUCUUCUUGCAUGCGUUUUGAUUUUGUGAUUGUUUGGAUUUUCAGUGUUGUUUUUUUCCUUCUGAACU